GCCAGGCAGACGCACCUGGGGCUAAGGAUACCCCCCCAGGGUGGGGGAUGGGGUGCUCGCCCGACGCAGUCCCCACUGAGCAUGCUCAGUCGAGGGUCCAACUGCAGGCGCAGGCUAGGGGCGCACGCCCAGCGCCCAACGGACGGAAGAGGGAGGCCGGAGUCAUUAUGGAAAAGUACCAGAUUUUGGACCGGCUGAAUCCUGGGGCCUUGGGGGUGAACCUGGUGGUGGAGGAGACAGAAACCAAAGCAAAGCUCGUGAUAAAGCAGGUGGAAUGCAUCGAUGAUCAUAAUGCCAGUGAGGCCCUGGAGGAGCUGAUGCCUCUGCUGAAGCUUCAGCACGACCAUAUCUCCAUCUACCAUGAGCUGUUCAUCACGUGGAAUGGCGAGAUCUCCUCUAUGUUCCUCUGCAUGGUGAUGGACUACUAUGAGGGAAGCUUCCACAACGUCAUUGAGAAGAAGAGGGAGGAAAAGACAAUCAUGGACUCUCAGUGGAUGCAUGGCAUGCUGGGCCAGGUGCUGGACGCUCUGGAUUACCUGCAUCAACUGGACAUCACCCACAGGAACCUCAAGCCCUCCAACAUCGCGCUGGUCAGCAGCAACCACUGCAAACUACAGGACCUGAGCUGCAACGCGCUGAUGACCCACAAAGCCAAGUGGGACAUCCGCGCAGAGGAAGACCCCUUUCAUAAGUCCUGGAUGGCUCCGGAAGCCCUCAAGUUCUCCUUCAGCCAGAAAGCCGACAUCUGGUCCCUGGGCUGCAUCAUUCUCGACAUGGUCAGCUGCUCCUUCAUGGAGGCAACAGAAGCCAUGCUGCUGCGCAAGUCCAUCCGGAAGGUCCCGGACGGCCUGCAGGGCGUCCUGAGGACCGCGGAGGAGAGGGGGAUCCCCCAUGUGAAGACUUUCAGUUCUCUGUUGCCCCUGAUGCUCCAGGUCAAUCCCUCGGAGCGGAUAGCAGUCCGGGACGUGAUCCAUAUGACCUUCACGAGAAGCAGCUUCCAGUCCUCCAGCAUCGCUCUGCCACUGCACGGGCAGAUGAUACCCGACUUCGUCUCCGAUGUGCUGUUAGAAGGCAACAUGGCCAGCGUUUUAGAGGUCAUGCAGAAUUUCUCCAGCCGGCCUGAAAUCCAGCUCAAGGUCAUCAAGAAGCUCCUGAGAAUGCCUGAUGACCAGCUAGGUAUACCGUGGCCGAUGGAGCUGGUGGAGGAGGUGAUCGCCGUCAUGAAGCAACAUGAGCGAAUCCUUGACAUCCAGCUGUAUGGCUGCUCCCUGCUGCUACGCAUCCUGGGCCAAGCGCUGGCACAGGACCCGGAAGCCGAGGCACCCAGUGAUAGCUCCGUCACCUCCGUCCUACUGAGCGUCACGCGGAGCCACCCCGAGGCCCAGCAGCUCCUGGUCAUGGUCUACAGUCUGCUCACCAUUAUCUGCAGCCAGGGUGGGUCUGCGUGCCCCUCCCUCGGCCAACGCGGGGUGCCAGGGGCGCGGGCUGUGCUGGGCCCGCUCCUGAGAUGGCUCGAUCGCACUGCCUGUGGUCGGUCUGUUCCACACGCUCAUCCUUGUUCCCUCCACAAAUGUGCACUGACUACGUGCCAGGUGCCACCGCAGGCUUCACACAAGGUCUGCUUCACGCUCAAGCCCUCAUUGCCGCUGCUGCCCUGCUCACCUCCAUUCAGGGAGCACCUGGAAGCCACUGUAGAGGAGCUGCAGAGGGCCAGGCUGUUUGAGCAUAUCCUGGAGCACCUGGAUACCUUCUCCAGAAACAGGGACAUCUGCAUCAGUGGCCUGAGCCUGUUCUGGGCCCUGCUGGUGGACGCUGUCAUCAUGGACAAGGCUCCCUUGGAGAAAGCCCCGGUCCUCAUUGCCAAGGUGCUAGCCGCCUAUCCCACAGAUGCAGAGAUGGCUGAAGCUGGCUGUGCUGUCCUCUGGCUGCUGUCCUUGCUAGGCUGCAUAAAGGAGCACCAGUUUGAAGAGGUGGUGGCACUGUUCCUGCAAAGCAUCCGGCAGUGUCAGGACAGGGUCUUGCUGGUGAACAACGCCUACCGGGGGCUGGCCAGCCUCGCAAAGGUGUCCGAGCUGGUGGCGUUGCAGGUGGUGGUGCCCGAGGAGGGCAGCAGCGGCCUCGCUCUCAUCAAGGAGACAUACCAGCUGUACAGGGACGCCCCGGAGGUGGUGGAGAACGUCUGCAUGCUGCUGGCCCACCUUGCUUCCUACCAGGACCUCCUGCCCGAGCUGGCGUCCAGUGGCAUUCCGCCCCUGGUCCAGGAGAUCAAGGCGCGCUUCACCUCCAGCCUGGAGCUGGUCUCUUACGCAGAAAAAGUGCUCCUGAGAUUCGAGGAGGCCAUGCCACCCAGCUCUGCGGAAAGCCAGUUGGCUUUGCCCUGAGAACCUCCCAAACCUUCCCCCACCCCAGCCUUCUCUCCUCCCCUUCCUGUUCUGUAUCUCACAGGACUGCCUAGUGAUAGUCCUUGGGGGUGGGAGGUGUCAGGAAGGACUGUCACCUAGGACCAUGGUGUAAGAGGCCCAAGGCCAGUUCCUGGGUGCCAGGCCAUCCCUAGGGGUUAGGCUG